AUGUCGAGUGAUCAAUUCAAAGCGGUAGGAAUUGCUACGAUAAAAGGAAUUGGUAAAGGUUCAAAAUCAUUGGGUCAAGCAGGAUAUAGAACAUAUAAAAAACAUGAAGCAAAGAGGAAUGGUACAGAAUAUGUUGAUCCAAUAAAGAAGGAAGACAAGUUAGAAAAAGAAGGAUCUCCCAAUGAUCAAGAAUACACCCCAUAUGUAGCUAAACCAUUACCAACUAAAGAAUCAUUACAAGCAUUUGCUCCACCUCCAAAAAGAAAUGUUGGAACAUAUAGUGUUAAGGACGGAAAAUAUGCAUCACCGCAAUCAACAUCGAAUCAGUAUCAAACACAACCUCAACAGCAGUAUCAACAACAACCGCAACAGCAGUAUCAACAACCUCAGCAGCCUCAACAACAAUAUCAACAACCUCAGCAGCAGUAUCAACAACCUCAACAACAAUAUCAACAACAAUAUCAACAACCUCAGCAGCAAUAUCAGCAACCUCAACAACAAUAUCAGCAGCAAUAUCAACAACCUCAACAACAAUAUCAGCAACCUCAACAACAAUAUCAACAACAACAAUUUCAGCAGGAGGUACAACCGCCAAAUUCUCGACCUCAACCUCAGCCUCAGUCGUAUACGUCACAACACAGUCAAGCUGUGCUCGGUUAUGAGGCAAAUUACCAGACAUCAACAAAUUCGACCCCGAUCCAGGACAGCCAACAAUAUCAACAGUCGCUGCAACAAUAUCUGCAAUUGCAACCUAAUAAUCAUAAUGGACAGUCAACGAACGAGCUCAACCAAAACAAUCCUCCUCCGGUGUAUCAGCCACACGAUCAAUUAAGAGAUCAAAACACAAUUCCUCCCAUUACUUAUACACCCAAUCAACAGAUACAAUCCUAUCAGCAACAGGACUCAUCAACAUCAGCUCAACCACAAACAAGUCAUGUAAAUACAGUGCCUCAGCCUACUCCGCAAUUUUCUUCACCAAUACCUAAUUAUACUCAAAAUAUCCAUCAAUCAACUCAGCAAAUUGAACCACCUGUUGAACAACAAAAACCCAAAAAGCCUGCACCUGAUCCAAGAUCAUUUGCUCCUCCACCGAUCAGAGGAAAUGCUGCUCCUUCUACUCCUCCAAGGUCAUCUAACAGAGUUUACACAAAUUCGACUGCCUCAAAGGGAAGCCAAACAAGCUUAAAUUCAUCGUCCACAAGUCAUUCUCAACCGCCUGUAUUACCUUCAAGAUCAAGUGCUCACAAUAAUUCACUGUUGAUUUCAAAUGAAAUGCCCAACAAGCCAGUGUCCCAGCCUUUGAAUUUGAAUUCCCUUCCUCCUCCUCCGCAGAUUUAUAGGGGAAGUCAGGAGCAAAUAGCGAAAUCUACCAAAAACAACAAACCAGAUAAAUCGAAAGUAUCAGGUAUUGAAAGUGAAACCAAUGAGUCUGCUGCACCACCAAUGCCAAUCAGACCUACCAAUGCGCCUGCAGAGUUAACUCCACCACCAAUGCCAUCAAGAAAAUCGGUUGAUCUAAAUGAAUUGGCGCAAAAAAAGAAGCCUCCUCCAAAACCUAUGAAAAAACCAAAGCUAGACCUGGAUUUUAGAGCAAAUAAAGGAGGCUCCGAUGUGCUGAAUGAAUUGGAAACUAUGUUCAAGAAAAUGAAUAUGAAAAAUAUUAGCAACAGCGACUCAAUUUCUGAAAAAGAUACCCUACAGCCAGUUAAAGCUAAACCGUCUAUUGGAACCAAGCCAACAUUGAAACAAAAACCUGAAAUUAAACCCAAAGUACCGGUGGCAACGUUGAAAACUCCAAAUGAAGCGUCUGUUCCAUCCUCUGCACUGGUAUCAAGCCCUUCUAAAGAAUUGACUCCACCCCCGGUACCUAAACCAAGGACUUAUAAAAGACAAGCCGUACCGAUUCCAUCUCAACAAUUAAACAAACCACCAGAUUUAGAUUUAGAACUAGAAACUCAAUGGUUUGCAAAUAGAGACAAAAUGCAACUCCCACGCUCUUUACAGGGCCUUAAUUACCAAACAAAUUACCUGUAUUCAACUCAUGGCUCAAUUGAAAGAAACAACAGAAUCAUUACAAUACGAUUAAAAGAUUUAUCUAUCCUUUCAUAUAAAUUUGAAUGGGAAUCCAAUAAAGUUUCGGGUGUUAAAGUGACUAUAGAUAAAUUUAUACCAUCACCUUUAUUUCAGACUCCAACUAAAGAAGAACUUAUUAGUAAUAAUGAAAGAUUUGGAAAUUAUAUAGCAGCUUGGAGUGAGCAUCAUAAAGGACAACAAGUAGGAAAUGGUGAGUGUUGGGAUUUAGCGAAAUAUGCAUUAUCAAAAGGUUGUGGAAAUCAUGCAUUUGUUUCGACAUAUUAUAUUCAUGGUUAUCCUAUAUUACAGAUAGGUAAAAAUUAUCACUUUUUAAACGGUUCCACACAAUUAGAUGAGAUUAGAAGAGGUGAUAUUUUACAAUUUAAAUCUUGUAAAUUUUUCAAUCCUCAAAAUGGUUCAAGUCAAACAGUUGGAAUGCCGGAUCAUACAAGUAUUGUUACUGGAGUUAUAGGUGAUAAAAUAAAAGUUGUCGAGCAAAAUGUGAAUGGUAUAAGAAAAGUUAAGGAUGGAGAAUAUAUUCCAAAGAAUUUAGUGGAAGGAGAAUUAUACGUAUAUAGAGUUAUGCCUGCAGAAUGGGCAGGAACAUUAUAA